AUGCCGGCGCGGGGGGGGGGGGUGGGAGAGCGGGCGGCGGUGCUGCGAGGAGGGGGCGCGCCGCGGCGCGGCAGUCUCGUGCCGGUAGUCGGUAGUGUAGCCGAGCGACUCCGGGAACCGUCCCCGCCGCGUCGUCGCUCGCUUGUAGUCGUAGUGCGCCCAUCGGCCUGCCCCACGCCGCCGGCGCCCGAUCCCAUGGAAACCCAAAGUCAGGAUGUCGCCCACAGCCCCGCCGAGGUGCCCAACGACCCGGGGAAGAUGUUCGUCGGGGGCCUCAGUUGGCAGACUAGUCCAGGUACGCACGUCGGCCGCAGGCCGCACUCCGACCAUGACGUCUACGGAAGUGUAUUCGAUUCACUUGCCGGUGGCGGCUGA